AUGUCACAGAGAAACAUAAUUACCACAUGUCACUUUAACGGUGUUGUUUCGACAAACACUCCUGUUGGAUUCCCGUUCAGCAAUACGGAUACAUACGCCUUCAAAAUUCAUGUCAAUUCAGAUUUUUUUCAUUUUAAGGAUAAAAUGGAAAAAAAAUUGGCACAAGGCGUUGAGGAAAUCAUUUAUCGCCAUCCCACCCUUAAUGAAGACGACUGUACGAUUUUUUACAUUAUGACGCCAAUAAAAAACGACGAGGAUGUGAAGGCAAUGUUUCGGUGCCACAUGAUGUUUGGUCAGUUACCUAUAAUUGAGGUGUAUGUCAGACUACAACACAAUCCCGAAACAUUGCCAACUCAGGAGACCCAGUCACACUGGUACGGGAUGAGCCAAACAUCCGACGACGAACCAACGCAAAACAAUUUACCUUUCAUACCAUAUGAGGAGGUUGGAGAAUCAAGUGAUGACGAUAUUUAUGAGGAGAUCAGGAUGCAAGAUGUUUUUGGUGACAACGGUGACGAAGACAAUGAAGACGAAGAUAUAGUUCUCCCGUCUACGCAACCGAUCCGCGCACAACCCGUAAGUUUGUAUAACCCGCCGAGACACAUGCAAAAUAUUGAUUUUGAAGAUGACGACACAACCUCCGUGUUUGGAAGUGCUAUUCAAAACCAUAUAGGUGACGAAAUAGAGAUCGGUAUGGAGUUUGAAAAUAAGGAAGCCUGCGUCCUCGCUCUGCAGCAUUGGCACAUAACACACUGUGUGGACUAUUGGGUGUAUCAGUCUGACAAUGAACGAUAUGUCAUUCAGUGUAAGAAACAAGACUGUAGGUUCAAGUGCAGAGCUUCAUUUAGACGAAGGAACUCAAAAUGGGUGAUCGGUAAGCUGUCUGGGUCUCACACAUGCACUACGACGUCGAUGGCACAAGACCAUAGGAAGCUCAGUUCAGAAAUGGUUUGCCAUAGCAUCAGAGAACUUGUCAACAGCGACGCCUCACUUAAGGUAAAAGUGAUCGUUGCCCAUAUUCUAUAA